AUGUUCCCUUUGAACGAGAAAAGCAUAGCCUGUAAAAUAACCAAUCUCCAAUAUCUUAAACAGCUCCAUGCACAACUCGUCCACCACUCCCAGCACCACCACAACCACUGGGUGGCUCUGCUCCUAACCCAAUGCAUACGCCUUCUUGCACCCUCAAGCUACACCUGCCACAUUUUUCAAAUGGCAGCAUACCCUGAUGCACAUGUCUUCACCUGCAUGCUCAAAUAUUACUCACAAAUUGGUGCUCACAUAGAGGUAGUUUCUCUCUUUAAACAUAUGCAAUACUAUGACAUAAAGCCUGAUACAACCUUCUAUCCGGUUUUGAUAAAAUCUGCUGGAAAGGCCAGCAUGCUGUUUCAUACUCAUGUACUGAAACUGGGACAUAGUCGUGAUCAUUAUGUUCGAAAUGCAAUUAUGGGUAUGUACGCUAAGUUUGGACCUAUCCAGCUUGCCAGGAAACAAUUUGAUGAAAUGCCUGAUAGAACCGUUGCAGAUUGGAAUAUGAUAAUUUCUGGAUUCUGGAAGUGCGGGAAUGAAGAGGAAGCAAGUAGGCUUUUUCAUAUGAUGGGUGAGUCAGAAAGGAAUGUUAUUACUUGGACCACCAUGGUUACUGGGUAUGCAAAGUCGAGGAAUUUGAAGAUUGCAAGGAUGUAUUUUGAUAAGAUGCCAGAAAGAAGUGUGGUAUCUUGGAAUGCAAUGCUAUCAGGAUAUGCUCAAAGCGGAGCAGCACAAGAGACUGUAAGAUUGUUCAAUGACAUGCUUGAAUCUAGAAAUGAACCAAAUGAAACAACAUGGGUAAUUGUCGUAUCGUCUUGUUCAUCUCUUGGUGAUUCUUGUCUUGCAGAGUCAAUUGCCAGAAAGCUAGACAAAGUGAAUUUCCGUUCAAAUUAUUUUGUCAUGACAGCUCUGCUUGAUAUGCAUGCAAAAUGCGGAAACCUUGAGGUAGCUCAGAAGAUUUUUGACCAAUUGGGUAUGUGUAGGAAUUCUGUUACAUGGAAUGCCAUGAUUUCUGCUUACGCAAGAGUAGGGGAUUUAUCCUUGGCAAGAGAUCUCUUUAAUAAGAUGCCGGAAAAGGAUACUGUCUCCUGGAAUUCGAUGAUUGCUGGUUAUGCUCAAAAUGGCGAGUCACUGAUGGCAAUCAAGCUGUUCAAGGAAAUGAUCUCUAGUAAAGAUUCAAAACCAGAUGAGGUGACUAUGGUGAGUGUGUUUUCAGCUUGUGGACACCUUGGAGCACUAUGUUUGGGUAAUUGGGCCGUGAGGAUGCUCAAUGAAAAUCAGAUCAAGCUUAGCAUCUCUGGAUACAAUUCUUUGAUUUUCAUGUACUCGAGAUGUGGAAGCAUGGAAGAUGCCACAAUAAUAUUUCAAGAAAUGGAAGCCAGAGAUUUAGUUUCCUAUAAUACAUUAAUUUCUGGGCUUGCAGCCCAUGGGCGUGGAAUGGAAGGCAUCAAGCUAAUGUCAAAAAUGAAAGAAGAUGGUAUUGAACCAGACCGCAUAACAUAUAUUGGUGUAUUGAUUGCUUGCAGUCAUGCAGGAUUACUGGAAGAAGGUCAGAAAGUUUUUGAAUCAAUCAAAGUUCCUGAUGUAGACCACUAUGCAUGUAUGAUUGAUAUGCUAGGUCGAGUUGGUAAAUUAGAAGAAGCUGUUAAAUUGAUUCAAAGCAUGCCAAUGGAACCCCAUGCAGGAAUUUAUGGAUCUCUUUUAAAUGCUAUCCUCAUUCAUAAACGAGUUGAACUCGGGGAGCUUGCUGCAGCUAAAAUUUUCAAGGUUGAGCCACACGAUUCUGGCAAUUACGUGUUGCUUUCCAACAUAUAUGCAUUGGCUGGUAGGUGGAAAGAUGUUGACAAAGUCAGGGAUACAAUGAGAAAACAGGGAGUGAAAAAGCCAACUGCUUGGAGCUGGGUGGAGCUUAACUCAUAAGUACAUUGUGGAAGACAGAUCACAUGAACGAUCAGAUAACAUCUAUAAGCUACUGGCAAAUCUCAAGGUUAAGUUGAGGAUGACAGCAUACAUAGUUGAUAAAAGCUGUAUACUGUGAGGUGUUGGAGAAGAAAAGGAAAUGGUGGGAGUUCACAGUGAGAAGUUGGCUAUCUAUUUUGCUCUUCUAAGCAAUGAUAUAGGGCCAGUCAUAAGAGUGGGGAAGAAUUUAAGGAUAUUUCGAGUUUGCCAU